AGCGGAGCAGCCUACAAAAGUGAUUCGUAGAACAUCAUUCUCACAAUAGUUGUAAAUCUAGUGUUUUUAAAAUAGACUGUUGUAUUUAGUGCUAUUGGCAGCGUCUUUAGCUACUUUAAAAGGAAAACCGUCACCUCGCUGCGCGUUAAGGGUGCGUUUUGCGCACUUUGACACAAACUCGGUGCCACAUCAUAGUGAGGGCUAACCAUCUUUUGGGUUUCAUUGUGUGGCUCUUGUUUGUUAAAUUGAGAUUAGAGGAGCCACUCACAUGCAACAAACAUCGACAGAGACUUGUCUGUCAGCAGUGGAGGUCUUGUUGAUCUUGUUUGAAACACAAGGCGAAGUCGUUCAAUGGUGAGCCGAGCACGAAGAAGGGCUCAAACAAUCGAGUGCAGGAGUAGGUUGCCAAAGUCUUCCACAACACAAGGCUUAUGAGAGCUGGUGGUUCCGGAGGAGUCUUCCUAGGUGAACGGAGAUGCAGACGAAAGAAGUGAUAAAUACCAAAGACUUCCAGGCCCCGGACUGAGAGCUGUUGAAGGUUUUUCACUCCAGGCAAUGCUCGUCACAAAGUUUGUUUUUAAUAAUUGAAACCUCGGUUGGUGUUGUCGGUUUCGGUUGGAGCGCUGCAUGCAGCGUAUGUCUGAGGAUCAAUGGCGUUUCUAAUAAAGAAGAAGAAAUUUAAGUUUCAAACAUAUUUCACACUCGAAGAACUGACAGCCGUGCCCUUUGUGAAUGGAGUUCUCUUCUGCAAAAUCAGACUGCUGGAUGGAGGAGACUUUGCAAAAUCUUCCUCAAGAGAGGAGGUGCAGGAGAACUGCGUGCGCUGGCGCAGGAGGUUCUCCUUCGUGAGUAAGAUGAGUGCCAACCCCACCACCGGCAUCCUAGACCCCUGCAUCUGCAGAGUGUCUGUUCGCAAGGAGCUGAAAGGAGGAAAGGCGUAUGUAAAGCUGGGCUUUGCAGACCUGAACCUGUCUGAGUUUGCAGGUUCUGGCUCUACUGUGCGUUGCUGUCUGCUGGAGGGCUAUGACACUAAGAACACCCGACAGGACAACUCCAUACUGAAGGUGACCAUUGGUAUGACUCUUUUGUCUGGGGAUCCCUGCUUUAAGACUCCCCCCAGCACGGCCAAGACUAUUGUGGUGUCGGGUAGAGACACCUCCCUGCAGCUGGACUGUAAAGGGGAGGGCACGGCCACACCCAAUGAGAUGCCGGCUCGCCUGGCCAAGCACCGCCCAUCAGUGCUCAGCACAGGUCUGCCAGAGGAGGGGGAGCAGUGUGUCUCCAGUCCUGAUGAGUCCUUCCACACGGGUCACUCCAGAAACUCCAGCUACGCCAGCCAACAGAGCAAGCUGUCCGGUUACAGCACAGAACACUCCUGCUCGUCCAGUCUGUCUGACCUGACCCACCGCCGGAACACCUCCACGGGCAGCAGUGCGUCCGCUGGCUUCGGCAUCACCGCUGAGACCCCGUUGGAGGUCGAGUCCCGCCCAGAGAGACCCCCCAGGCCCCCUCGCCCCGUCCUGCCCAAUAACAGGCCUCCCAGGAGGAAGCAGGACUCUGUGGAAAGCCACCCCACUUGGGUGAACGACACGCGCAUGGAUGCCGACGAUAUUGUGGAGAAGAUCGUUCAGAGCCAGAACUUUGCUGACAUCAGCAACACUGAAGACAGCAACCUGCGUCUGUUUGUGAGCCGAGAUGGCACCACCGCUCUCAGUGGCACUCAGCUGGGCAACAGGGUGACGGCUGGUGUGUAUGAGCCGGUAGUGAUCGAGAGCCACUAGGACCCAGAAGGCCGCUAGGACCCAGAAGUGGACCAAGAUUCCACAGCACCAUCCGGGAGCAGGACAUAAACCAGUCUCUCUGAUAGGCUGUACAUCAGCUGGCCUGUUUCUGUCUGUCUGUCUGUCUGUCUGUCUGUCUGUCUGUCUGUCUGUCUGUCUGUCUGUCUGUCUGUCUGUCUGUCUGUCUGCCUGUCUGUCUGUCAGUGAGUCUUUCUCUCAUCUGCCAUUCAGACUAUUACCACUCAACCUCAUCAAACCACUUUUCCUCAUCGCUGAGGACACAUUUACUCCUCGAGGGCUUUGUCUCUCUGGACCUUAAGCCUUUUCCGUUUGAGGGGCUCUGUGUCUCUGGAUCUCAACCCUAAGCACUAGCGAGGUGUCCUUUGGAAGAUGUGCACUGUGCGGAGGAGAGAUUCUCUGCAGACUGAAUGAACCAAGGACUUGACAGGAUCAGUCAGACUAACUUCUUUUUUCGGAGGAUCGCCGUGCCUACACCAUGACUAUGAGAGAUUGAAGACUGAGGACAUUCAAGGAAGCAUUUCUCAGGCCAAAAUCACUACUAUCCACAUGGUCGCCACCCCACUCCAGCACAAUGUUUUGAUUAUGUACAAUUCCAACAGUCACCGUGGGAACAAGCCGAACUACUUCCUUCCGUCCUUUGCUGUGGCCUCUGGCCUUCUGAUGCAAGGGUCAACCACAAUGUUUUAUUCAAUAUCUGGCAAAAGCACAAUUCAAAGGCAAUCCUGGUCAAUUGGGAUAUUGAAUGGGGAAAGGCCAGCCAAAUUUAUCCCUGCAUUUUCUCCAUGGAGGCAGGGCAGCACUAAGGCAAAAGGCCACAUGAACGUACAGGAAUAAGUAGUUUGCGUGCCAUCCCUUCACCAUGUUUUUUUGUUUUAAGUGGUUCCUUACUCAACCAUGGAUGAUUGAUAUCAAGUGUAUAGUUCCCAGACCAACUACACCUAGUGGACCAUUCAUGGUCCCUUACACAGCACACUCCCUAUACACUCACUAUGAGAACCUCUGCAUGUGUUGUUGAUGGGAUCUCAUGUGGUGAUUGCCUUUUGUAUUGUGUGUAUGUGGUGUGCUUUCCACUAAGGUGUUUUGAUGGGUGAUGAUUGGGCAAUAGGGUUUAAUUAAUGAAUGAGCCAUAGCUUAAUGUGGAGGCUGAAUACUGUGUGAGUGGGUGGAUUUGUGUGUCUGUCAUAUUUGUCUUCCUGGAGUGUCGGCCGGUCCGAGCACUAUGAGUGGAAAACCAACAUGGCUGCUAGCAGGCUCCUCCACGACUUUAUCACAGUAAUGGUGUUGGUCAGGGAGGUUUGGUGUUAUUGAAGGGAAGAUUUGUAUUGCACUCUUUUUCUGUCCUCUUUCCACCAUUCCCCUUUCUCUCUCUUUGUCCAUCACUUGCUAUCAUCAUCUCUCUCUGCUUUUACUGUAUAUUACACACACACACACACACACACACACACACACACACACACACACACACACACACACACACACACACACACACACACACACACACACACACACACACACACACACACACACACACCAUGUUAUUGUCAGCUCUGUCCAUCCAUGUUAGCUUGUGAAUUAACUGAGCCCUCUUUGUUGUACUGUUCUGCAUUCUGUGUUCUCUAUUCUACUGUUCUUUAUUCUAUGUUCUACCCUUCUAUGUUGUUCUACCGCGAUGUGCCAUCUGAUGUGCUGAGAGUUUCUCUUGAGUGUUGGAAGCCAGAGGCUGGUCCUGCUGAGCCUGAAAAUGAUCAUCUUGGGGAUCUCGAAAGUUUUUAUUGCCUAUAUGUUCAGUUGCAGAGAUCUGCUGUAUGCGUGCGUGCACACAUUUGUGUAUUCCUCCUUUCUGCUCACAACGGAUUUAGUUUAUUUUCAGGUCUCAAUAUAGUUCCAACUGCAUGCUGUACAUGAGUACAUAUUUUCUUGUUUGUCAGAAUUUGCUUGUCACUAGUAUUUUCGGGCACCUUUCUCCUCGUUGACUUGACCUGUUUCUGAUAACAACCUAGUUAGCCAGUGCCUCUGAUGGAAAUGCUAGCCAUACUUGUGCCAACUCAAAGGUCUGAGACACUGGUAAGACGCAAACACUGUGCUCACUCUAUGACCCAACAAGUCUCUAUAGCUCUAUUUGAGAUGGUGUUUUUUUUAAUGAAGGAUCUGCUUUUUCUGAUCAACCAGCUGGCUGGUUGAUGCUUUGUUUGUUUUUUAAGAUAAGCAUGAGGUUAACACUACUCUUCAAAGCCAAGUUUACAGCCAACAUAUGUUGUGAUAUAUAUUCCAGCAUAUUGUGAAGCUAGUGAAUGAAUGAUGUGUUCAGAUUCAAUGUUCUUUAUCUAUGCCAACUUGUGAGAGAAACCGGGUCAUGUGUAAAGCUGUUGAAAUGAACGGAGUUCCUGAGUAUUUUUACAAAGCUACAUAGCAGUGAAGUCAAUUUUGCUCACACAGACAAUGGCUUCCUUUUAUUUACCAUCAAUUAUUUUCUCUGUGCUGUAAACAUAACACUGAUGUUCAGCUAUAUUUCAUACAAAUGCAUCGUGGAACUGACCUGUCUACGACCAAUGAGAUUGAGUUCUGGACUCAAAUGAUGGUUACCUUUUAGUCCAAAUUUCACAAGUUUCUAUCUUGUUUAAUUUUUAAGGUGUGUUUUUAAGAUGUAUUAUCUCAGAUUUCGCAGUCCCUGAAGAGGCCACUCUGAGAGUAAUUUGAGUACAGUGAAGUCUCUGUCCAUGCUGUUUAAUUUCCAUAGCUUACAGAUGCAUGGCCUGUCUCGGGUCAUAUGAAGUUCAUUUCAACAGCAAAGAAAGACCUGCUAAACAAAAUUCACCAUCUUCUAGACUUAUUUUUCAGUCUUUAUAGAAAGAAUCAAGUGCUAUGCACAAAUCAUAUAGCAUAUAACAUAAGCUAACAUUGUCUCAUAUUUUAGUACAGUAACUUAUGGACACAGAUUUAUAUCAUUUUAACAAAAUUCUUUAUAUACAAAUGUGUAGCUAAAUAUUUUUGUGAAUUUUAAGAAAUAAAAUUUCAUUAAUUGAA